CCCACUCACAGUCAACUCGAGCGCCUUCCUUCCAACACACGAGUCGGGUAUUCUUUUGUGUUGUGUGAGCAGUGCACGGGUUUCUGUCUCGUUGGCUCCAGACGUACACGUCUCUUCGCCAAGUACGACGACGUUUCACAAUCAGUCGCCGACGAGUCAUCCAAGUCUUGUUGCGUCCGCAACCUGCACGCCGCAUCAAAUCCGCUGUUGCUGCCAAUACUAACUUAGCCCGUGUCGAUACUUGCGUCAUGAGUCGUGCCCGAGUUUACGCCGAUGUGAACGUUCACCGGCCCCGGGAUUAUUGGGAUUACGAAGCACUCACGGUAAAUUGGGGCGAUCAGGAGGAAUACGAAGUCAUUCGCAAAAUUGGCCGCGGCAAGUACUCGGAAGUCUUCGAGGGCAUGAACGUCGUCAACAACACUAAAUGCGUCGUCAAGAUACUCAAGCCCGUCAAGAAAAAGAAGAUCAAGCGGGAGAUCAAGAUCCUCCAGAACAUGUGCGGAGGCACCAACAUCAUUCAGCUCCUCGAUGUUGUGCGGGAUCCGCAAUCCAAGACACCGUCGCUCAUUUUCGAACACGUCAACAAUACCGAUUUUAAAAUAUUGUACCCCACCCUCUCGGACUACGAUAUUCGCUUUUAUAUCUACGAACUCUUGAAAGCGCUGGACUACUGUCAUUCCAACGGCGUUAUGCAUCGGGAUGUGAAACCGCACAACGUCAUGAUUGACCACGAGCGUCGGCAGUUGCGGCUGAUUGAUUGGGGAUUGGCUGAGUUCUACCAUCCCGGACGCGAGUACAACGUCCGGGUAGCCUCCCGGUAUUUCAAAGGGCCGGAACUUCUCGUCGACUUGCAAGAAUACGAUUAUUCUCUCGAUAUGUGGAGCUUGGGAUGCAUGUUUGCUGGAAUGAUCUUUCGCAAGGAACCCUUCUUUCACGGACACGACAAUUACGAUCAGUUAGUCAAAAUUGGCAAGGUUCUUGGUACAGAAGAACUCUUUCAUUACCUUGAUACUUACGAUCUCGAGUUAGAUCCCCAUUUUGACGGAAUUCUCGGACGUCAUUCCAAAAAACCUUGGCAGAAGUUUGUCACACCAGAAAACCAACACUUGGUCAGCGACGAAGCCAUUGAUUUUGUCUCGAAAUUGCUGCGGUACGAUCAUCAGGAACGGUUGUCGGCCCAAGAAGCUAUGACGCACGCUUACUUUGCGCCCGUUCGUGAAGCUGCUGUACGUGAAAACGCACGGGGAGCGGGUACCGCGGGAUUUCAAGUCUAGGGGUAUCCCACGACGAUGAGAAACAAAGUAACAGACACACACACAUCUCCCUCUUUUGAUCCAACAAUGUCUAAUCGAAUUGACAUUCCUAUAUCCCGAGUACGUAGCUUUUUGCUAGAUUAUUGUAUGUGCCCGUAGAUGGUUUUGGAUGGGUACGUGCGCAUUGUUCUCAUUGCGAGCAUUGUAAUUAAUUUAAUGGAACUGCAUUUCAG